AUGGCCGAUGGCAUCCAAAAGGACUCCGAUGUCCCCUCGGUCAGGCUAGAACGAUUUUUAAACGACCAACCCACUGUCGGUGAGGUUCUGAUGAUGAGCCGCACGACAACCCCCAGAUGUACGACACAGCGCAGGACAGAGGACAUGAAGCUGGUCAUUCGUGAAUGGGAGGAGUCAUGGUGCACAGCGACAACCAACUAA